ACUCAGAUUUCUCUCACAGCUACUUCAUCCAUUCUUCUUACAUCUUGAAUAGUUUCUAAACUCUUAAUUAAGAUAAUGGCUUCUCAGGUAAUAGACAGCCACCGGGAGGGCGCUGAGGUCUUUCAGGGCGAUGCAAUCUGCAGGAAGAAGUCCAUUGAAUUGCUCGAAGAGCUCUGCCUUCCAAAGGGUCUUUUUCCCUUGGAAGACAUUGAGGAAUUCGGCUAUAACCGUACUUCUGGCUUCAUAUGGCUGAUUCAGAAGAAAAAGAAGGAUCAUGUCUUCAAGCAGAUCAAGAGAGCUGUGUCUUAUGCUCCAGAGGUGACUGCCUUUGUUGAGAAGUACAAGCUAAAGAAGAUGACCGGUGUUAAGACAAAGGAGCUCUUACUAUGGCUCUCUGUUGUGGAAGUCUAUUUAGAGAAUCCAACAUCUGAGAAACUCACCUUCAAAACUGGCACAGGACUCUCUGAUAGCUUCAUUGCUUCAGCUUUUGAGCUGUAGAGAUGUCUAUCUCUAUAAGAGAAGUUAUUAAUAUGAUGCUCUGUAUCUGUUAUCAAUGAUUGUCGCUUUCUACUUCUUAAUAAAAAAUUAUUUUGCUUUCUAA